ACCAGAGAUCGAUUAAAGCGAGUGGAGUCUAAGAAAUUAGCUCACGCGAUCGCGUUGUGCAAAGUGCAGCUGCAGCGGAUGUAUCUUUACAAGGAGUGUGUGUUAUAGAUACAACAGUGUUAUAGAUACAACAACAAGCGCGGUGGUGGGGUGGAUGGGGAAAUUCAAGGAACAGCGGGAGGAGUGACCGUUGGUGGGAGUGAGAGGGAGCUAGGAAGAGAAAAGCGAGUGCGAGUGCGAGUGAGAGUUGGAGAGAGGGGAGCGUGUUCUUGUUCUUGUAAAAUUACCAAAAAGAAAUUUCGUUCGGGAAAUGUGGAAAAUGUGCGCGAGAGCUGAGAAACAGAAACAACCCCGAAAGGCCAUCGACAAAUAAAUACCAACAAAACUUACACUGGCUGCGCGCUGCUGAUUAAUAAAAACCCAAAAGGGAAAUAUGUAUAAAAAAUAGUGAUAUAUCCGACAAGAACAAAAACCCAAACCCCAAGAAGAAAGUGUGAGAAACCAUAAAAAUCAAAAUGAAAUCAAACUCCAAAUCAGAAUUUGGAUUGUAAAUUUUUCGGGUCUGAGUUCUGUGGUCCGACCGUCCGUCCACCGACUCCGUUGAGAGAUAAACACAAAAAGAGAGAUAAAUACAGAAAUAAAAUUAAUGGAAAACCAGCAGACACACAUUCGUAAAGUAUCUGUGUGGGAGUGAUAACGCUACAAUGAUCGCCGCUCCAUUGUCUCAUCAACUGUAAAGUAAUCACAAGAUCACACCUAGCACCGCAUCCUAUAUGCCAUCAUCUGAUCGAAAACCUCGCCUUUUCAUCGCCUGGAGCACCAGCACCACUAUUAACCCCUAUCUGAGCGGCCGGGCGAGCAGAAUGCUGCUUGUGCCGCUGCUGCUCGGCCUGGUGGCGCUGCCAGCAGCAGUCAGAGGCCAAUACCAAUCGCCGCGGAUCAUCGAGCAUCCCACGGACUUGGUGGUCAAGAAGAAUGAACCAGCCACACUCAACUGCAAGGUGGAGGGCAAGCCGGAGCCCACCAUCGAGUGGUACAAGGAUGGUGAGCCCGUCAGCACCAAUGAGAAGAAGUCGCACCGCGUCCAGUUCAAGGACGGCGCCCUAUUCUUCUACCGCACCAUGCAGGGCAAGAAGGAGCAGGACGGCGGCGAGUACUGGUGCGUGGCCAAGAACCGAGUAGGCCAGGCCGUUAGCCGCCAUGCCUCGCUCCAGAUAGCUGUUUUGCGCGACGAUUUUCGCGUGGAGCCCAAAGACACGCGAGUGGCCAAAGGCGAGACGGCUUUGCUGGAGUGUGGGCCGCCCAAAGGCAUUCCUGAGCCAACGCUCAUUUGGAUGAAGGACGGCGUUCCGUUGGACGACCUGAAAGCCCUGUCUUUCGGCGCCAGCUCCCGCGUCCGAAUUGUGGAUGGUGGCAACCUGCUCAUCAGCAAUGUGGAGCCCAAUGACGAAGGCAACUACAAAUGCAUUGCCCAGAACCUGGUGGGCACUCGGGAGUCAAACUACGCCAAGUUAAUCGUUCAGGUCAAGCCCUAUUUCAUGAAGGAGCCGAAGGAUCAGGUCAUGCUAUACGGUCAGACCGCCACAUUCCAUUGCUCCGUGGGUGGUGAUCCGCCUCCGAAGGUGCUGUGGAAGAAGGAGGAGGGUAAUAUACCCGUCUCAAGGGCUCGCAUCCUCCACGACGACAAGAGUCUUGAGCUGAGCAACAUCACCCCGAACGACGAAGGAACCUAUGUUUGUGAGGCACACAACAAUGUGGGUCACAUAACCGCCAGGGCCACGCUCACAGUGCAUGCUCCUCCUACCUUUACCAAGCGGCCGAGCAACAAGAAAGUUGGUCUCAACGGUGUUGUCCAGUUGCCCUGUAUGGCCUCUGGAAAUCCUCCGCCCUCCGUUUUCUGGACCAAAGAGGGUGUGUCCACACUCAUGUUCCUCAACAGUUCCCAUGACAGGCACCAUGUUGCGGCCGACGGAACUCUGCAGAUAACAGACGUGCGCCAGGAGGACGAAGGAUUCUAUGUCUGCUCUGCGUUCAGUGUGGUAGAUUCCUCUACGGUGCGGGUGUUCCUACAAGUCAGUUCGGUGGACGAGCGACCGCCUCCGAUUAUUCAGAUCGGACCUGCUAAUCAGACGCUGCCCAAGGGAUCGGUAGCCACACUGCCUUGCCGGGCCACCGGAAAUCCUAAUCCCCGCAUCAAGUGGUUCCUCAAUGGACACGCUGUGCAAACUGGCAACCGUCACAGCAUCAUCCAAGGCAGUUCGCUGAGGAUAGAUGAUCUGCAAGUUGGUGACUCUGGAACCUACACCUGCACUGCAUCUUCGGAGAGGGGAGAGACCUCCUGGGCAGCAACUCUAACUGUGGACAACACUGGAUCCACAUCCUUGCAUAGGUCGGCCGAUCCUAGCACAUAUCCUGCUCCGCCUGGCACUCCCAAGGUCCUGAACGUCACCCGCACAAGCAUAAGUCUGCGCUGGGCCAAGAGCCAAGAGAAACCCGGUGCUGUGGGCCCGAUUCUUGGCUACACUGUGGAGUACUUUAGCCCGGAUCUUCAAACAGGUUGGAUAAAAGCCUCCCACCGCGUGGCAGAUACCCAAGUUACUAUAACUGAACUCGCACCUGGAGCGAUGUAUGUAUUUCUGGUCCGGGCCGAGAACUCUCAGGGCAUUUCAGUGCCCUCGGGCUUAUCGAAUGCCAUAAAGACUAUUGGAGAGGAUUUCGAUGCGGCUUCUGCCAAUGACUUAUCAGCAGCUCGAACUCUGCUCACUGGAAAGUCCGUUGAGCUGAUCGAUGCCUCCGCCAUAAACGCCAGUGCUGUGCGUUUGGACUGGAUGCUGCACAUCAGUGCCGAUGAAAAAUAUGUGGAGGGACUGCACAUUCACUAUAGAGACGCAGGUUCCUCGUCACCGCAAUAUCGUUCCAUCACUGUGUUGGAUGCCUCGGCGGAAUCUUUCGUCGUGGCGAACCUGAAGAAGUUCACCAAGUACGAGUUCUUCCUCACACCCUUUUUCGAAACCAUCGAAGGACAGCCCAGUAACUCCAAGAUAGCUCUGACCUACGAGGAUGUACCUUCGGCUCCGCCGGAUAACAUACAGAUCGGCAUGUACAACCAAACUGCCGGGUGGGUACGGUGGACGCCCCCGCCGGCGCAGCACCACAACGGGAAUCUUUAUGGCUACAAGAUCGAGGUCAGUGCCGGGAACACCAUGAAGGUGCUGGCCAACAUGACACUCAAUGCCACCACAACCUCGGUGUUGCUCAAUAACUUGACCACCGGAGCAGUGUACAGCGUGAGACUGAACUCCUUCACCAAGGCUGGCGAUGGUCCCUACUCCAAACCGAUCUCACUCUUUAUGGACCCGAACCACCAUGUCCAUCCGCCACGAGCCCAUCCCAGUGGCACCCACGAUGGCCGGCACGAGGGUCAGGAUGUCGUCUAUCACAGCAAUGGAAACUCACCCAUCGGCAACAGCAAUCCCACCACCCACAGAAAGACCACCGACUACCUGUCUGGACCUUGGCUAAUGGUCCUGGUUUUCAUUAUCCUCCUUGUGGUGGUCAUUUCCACAGCUAUAGCCAUGGUUUACUUUAAGAGGAAACAUCAGAUGACCAAGGAGCUUGGUCACUUGAGUGUGGUCAGCGAAAAUGAGAUCACCGCCCUGAACAUUAACAGCAAGGAGAGUCUAUGGAUUGAUCAUCAUCGCGGCUGGAGAACUGCCGAUACUGACAAGGAUUCAGGCCUGAGCGAGUCCAAGUUGCUCUCCCACGUAAACAGCAGUCAGUCCAACUACAACAACUCAGAUGGUGGCACCGACUACGCCGAGGUAGACACUCGCAACCUGACCACCUUCUAUAAUUGCCGCAAGAGCCCCGAUAACCCCACGCCCUAUGCCACCACCAUGAUCAUAGGCACCUCCUCCAGCGAGACCUGCACCAAGGCCACAUCUCUGAGUGCUGACAAGGAUUCGGGCACCCACUCUCCAUACUCUGAUGCUUUUGCCGGUCAGCCGGCAGUGCCUCCUGUCGUGAAAUCCGGCUAUCUACAGUAUCCAGCGGAGCCUAUAAACUGGUCAGAGUUCCUGCCCCCGCCACCAGAACACCCACCGCCAUCGUCCACCUAUGGAUAUGCCCAAGGAUCACCGGAGUCGUCGCGGAAGAGCUCCAAGAGCGCGGGCUCUGGCAUUUCCACCAACCAAAGCAUACUCAACGCAUCCAUACACAGCAGCUCCUCUGGCGGUUUUUCUGCUUGGGGAGUCUCGCCCCAGUACGCUGCUGGCGGAUGUCCUCCGGAGAACGUGUACAGCAAUCCGCUGUCAGCUGUUGCUACUGGUACCCAGAACCGCUACCAGAUUACACCCACCAGCCAGCACCCGCCGCAGCUCCCAGCUUACUUCGCCACCACCGCUCCAGGCGGAGUGGUGCCCCCCAAUCACCUGCCCUUUGCCACCCAGCGCCAUCCGGCCAGCGAGUAUCAAGCGGGCCUGAAUGCAGCGCGGUGCGCCCAGAACCGGGCCUGCAACAGUUGCGAUGCCUUGACGACUCCAUCGCCCUUGCAGCCACCGCCGCCGGCUCCCAUCGCUGUGCCCGUUCCCGAGGGCUGGUACCAGCCCGUGCACCCGAUGCACCCGACCACCUCGAAUCACCAGAUCUAUCAGUGUUCCUCCGAGUGCUCCGACCACUCGAGGACCUCUCACGGUCACAAGCGGCAGCUGCAGCUUCAGGAGGAGCACAGCAGCAGCAAACGAGGCGGUCACCACCGACGCCCGCCGGCAGUGCAGCCGUGCUUGGAGAGCGAGAACGAGAACAUGCUGGCGGAGUACGAGCAGCGACACUACACCAGCGACUGCUGCAACAGCUCACGCGAGGGAGACACCUGCUCCUGCAGCGAGGGAUCCUGCCUGUACGCCGAGGCGGGGGAGCCGGGGCCCCGACAGCUGCCUGCUAAGAACACCUAAGUGGGCGGAUUAGUAUUAAUGAUAACAUCUAGUCUAACUCUUCAUUCAUAUCGAAAAAGGAAGCAGGAGAAGGGGAUAUGAGAUCAAAUAGGUGAGGUGUCCGGGUGCCUGGAAUCCCGGUUAAUGAACUCAGAUACACAAAACAAAGACACACUUGUCACAAUCAUGGGGGCGUUGUGAAGCUUUAGCAAUUACGAAUUUUCCAUUAACACAUCUACCGGCGUAGAAACUCAUAGAAACGCAUAAUGCCCCCCAUCCCGCGACCACUUUGUACUUAAGAAUUGCGCCAAGUGCUGUACGAUGUAUAGAUAUUUCAUCUGAGAGGAGAGUAGACAAGGCGGAGGAGGAGAACAAGAAUCUGUGACCCAGCAGAACUUCAUUGAAAUACGUACUCAAAGAACUUAUUUAGAGGAAGGAUAAACCCGAUCAGGCCAUAGCAAGUACACAAAAGGUUACCCACGACGUAUAGUUAGUUAGAACCAAAGUACACAGUUUUGGGGCUCGAAAAUUGGGGCUCCUAGUCAUAGGCUUGAUAGCGGUACAAUAACGAUAUGGAUUACCGAUUACUGAUAACUGAUUACAAUAUACACUUGUACGCAAAACUCUUUCAUAUCUACGAUCACAAUCGAGCAUUCGUCGAGUUGGUUUUAAGUAGUAGAGUUCGGAGUUGGACGAGACGAGACGAACGAAACGGCAGUUGCAAUGUUUAAUGGUUAGUGCUUUUCUAUAACAAGAAAUACUUAUAUACUUCAUUGAUCCAGUGAAUAUAUAUAUACAUAUAUAUAUGUAUACAUACUAAACUACACAACUACUUACAUAGCAUUUAGACAGGAGUUGGGGAGCUGCACGAGGCCAACAUUUCCGUUCCGUUGUCCAGUCCCUGUGCAGAACCCUCCAUGACAUCAUGUUUUCUACAAUCUUGCAUUUUGAAAAAAGUCUAAAAUGUACCUGUGAUAUAACCCCAUUAUACAUUUAUAGUAUUUUAAAGAUUUUUUUUGUAUUUAUGGUUUCCUCAGUUGAAGUCGACCUUUUGUUCAUCAUUCUGUUCGAGCAACGAUUGGUGUUUGUUGGGAAGCCCCAAGCGGACCACAGACCAAGACAGACGACAGUUUUUUUGGGAAAGUAUAUAGCAUAAUUUAGCACCUAGGCACAUAAUAUAUUGGAUAUGCAAGUAACAUACAUAUAUCAUCAAAUCGAAUCGAAAUGUAAACACGUAGAGUCUGUCCGAGGGGGAGUAUAGCGAAUGUCCUUAGGGAUUGGAGUCAUCGAAGCGUUUGAACAAUACUGCACACAUAUGCAUUACAAUUACAUACCUAUAUAGAGAUCAUAUAGCACCUAGAACCGCGCAUGCAUCAAAUCAAAUCAAAAUAUGCUUUAGCAUACACAUACACACACUCGAGAACCCACUUCCUUGCUGGGACCAUCCGCUUCUGGGGUCCGGUGGUCCGGCAUGUACAUAUAUAUAAUAUAUAUUAACUCACUUACUCCUACACCUAAUAUCAAAUCCAACUUGCUUGGGUUGAACUGCCCUUCCGUAGCCAUAUAUAGCCUACAUAUAGACGAGCAUAGUUGGGUCUGGGUUUUAAUAAUUAGCGUCUAGUUUCUAGAGUUGUGCAACGGGAGUAUUUUAAAGUCAUAGCGUAAAGGAAUUUUAAGAGAGAACCGAACCGAAAUUAUCGAAUUCAUUUCAUUUCAUUUGUAGUGCGUAAUGCCAUAAACGAACUUUUUCAGAAUGCAACCAUAACUGACAUCUAAUUACGAUAUAAAUACUAUAUCUAGAUAUAUAUACAUAUAGCAUUUAAAUUACAUAAACAAUAAAGGAACAUUUUACAUAUAUGUGGAUAAAAA